GAGAGAGAGAGAGAGAGAGAGAGAGGCAGAAGGAAAGAAAGGAGGAAUCUUUGUUGAAAGUCGCAAAAGAGAAACGAGAGAAGCAAUCUGGGCGUAGUCAAGCCACGUGACUAGUGGAGGCUCGAGUGGCGGCGAGUGCGAAGAUGCCGCGGAAUGCCUUCCCCGGGCCGGGCUAGCUCGACUCGCGGCUCGAGGUAGGCACGCGAAGCUCGAAGAGGUCUACUCUGUUCGCGCCGUUCCUCCUCGUGGUCAUUCCAACCGGGAAUUCUCGAAAGCCGGUUGUGUAGCAGGUAAACGCGCACGCGGCCCGCUGCGGCUCGCCGCUCUCAGCGUAACUCUCACAGUACGAAUUCGCGAGUACUACGUUUCAUCUCAUCAUCGUUUUGUUUUUUUCUUCUUCUGUUUUUUCUUCAUCCUCUUCGUCUUCUCCCUCUUCUUCCUAUUCUUCUUUUUUUUCCAUCUGUUUCUCUUCCUCCUCCUCCUCCUCCUCCUUCUCCUUCUCCUCCUCCUCCUCUUCUUUUUGUUCUUUUUGUUCUUGUUCUUCUUUUUUUUCUUCUUCUUUUUGUUCUUCUUCUUUUUCCUCUUCCUCCUCCUCCUCCUCCUCUUGUUUUUUUUUCUUCUUUGGAUCGUCGUCGCGACAUUGUUGACCUCAACUUCAUCUACUCACAGAUUAUAAGAUCGCGAUGGACGUCGAAACCGGCGCCAUCUUGGCACUUCAGAUUUUAGCCCUUUGCUCUAUAGCUGCUGCACUACUUGCUUAUCUGAUGCGACAAUCAAGAAAUGCCGGAGACGAAUACGAGUUGCGAAACAAACGUCACGUACUCGUAACCAACUGCGAUACGUGCGUGGGUCUACAGAUUGCCCUUGCACUCUCUGAAGCCGGUUACAAGGUAUUCGCUGGUCUACCAAAUCCAUUGGAAAAUUCACCAUCCAUAAAAAUUUUAAAGGCGGUAGAACAAGAACGUGAAAAAGAAAUGGACAAUAAUGACGCGAGUAACGAUAAGAUUCAACUUCGUACUCGAGGACAAAUCGUGCCAUUGGAGUUAGAUCCAACUAGGGAAGACAGUCUACAUGCUUCCUUGGACGCCGUCAGAGCGAAACUUCCAGCUGGAGAAGAUGGUCUCUGGGCAGUGAUACAUACCGGUGGCUUGGCGUUACCGGGUUCUAUAGAAAAGCAAACCAGUUCAGCGUGGGAAUCUAUGCUGCGACACAAUCUGGUCGCACCCCUUAGAACGGCCAGAGUGUUUAUCCCUCUUCUGCGCGUUAAAAGAGGUCGCAUCGUUCUCCUGGGUGAUUCCGAGACGAGCUACGCUAGCAAAGCCGGAACAGGGUUGGUAGCAUUCACUGCUUCUCGUAAAGCUGUGGAAGGGGCUGCUACGGCAUUAAAGAGCGAAUUACAUUCUUCGGGUGUUGACGUCGUGCUUCUCAAACCACCACCCGUGAAUCCCCUCGUCCUUUAUGCAUCGCCUGUUCUCAAGACGGUCGACGUCGAAUCGGGUGUUACGUCUUCCGAGGGAACGUGGAUCGCACCUUUAUCGAAUUACUCGGUUCAAAACUCUCUAAUACCUGCCUUAACGACACCCUGUCCAUUAAGUUCGUACGAUAUGAGCUUAAAGACCAAAUUGUUCUGGCGAUAAAUAUUAUAAUAAGAAAGAAAUGUUUUUAUUUAUAUAAGAUCUAUCUUUUCUAUUUCUUUCUCUCUACGCAAGAUGAAAGCGAUAGACUGUAAAUUUUGUAGUACUGUUAAAUAACGAUUUGUACAGUUUUGUAAACAAUUUAGAAUAAAAAUGUCUAGCAUAGAAA